AUGAAGAUGAAGGUUCUCUCAUUCUGCCAUAGCUCCAGAGCCAGCUCCCCUCUCCCUGGUUUUAUUGUUUUCUUCCUUAUUUGUUAUGUUCACAAGAUGGAAUCAGCAAAGUUCACAGUGAUUGGACCCCGUGACCCUGUCACUGCCAUCCUGGGUCAGGAAACUGUGUUACCCUGUCACCUGUCCCCCCGGAUGAGUGCUGCAAACAUGGAAGUGAGAUGGUUCCGCUCCGAGUUUUUAACCAUUGUGCACCUGUAUCGUGAUGGGAUGGAUCAGUAUGAAGAGCAGAUACCAGAGUAUCAGGGAAGGACAGAGCUUUUGAAAGCCGAACUCACAGAUGGAAAUGUUCACUUGAGGCUUCUCAAUAUCAGACGCUCUGAUGAAGGAAAAUACCUCUGUUUUGUUCAAGAUGAUACUUUUUAUGAAGAAGCCAUAUUGGAAUUGCGGGUAGCAGGUCUGGGCUCUGCUCCUCUGAUUUCUGUUGAAGGUCACCAGGAUGGAGGGAUUCGGGUGGUUUGUCGAUCAGCUGGUUGGUACCCAGAGCCUGAGGCGCUAUGGAAAGGUUUCAAUGGGCGACGUUUACCAUCACUCUCUGAAACAACAUCCCAAGGAGAUAACCGCCUGUUUGAAACAGAAACUGCUCUCAUUGUAACAGAACAUUCAAACCAGAACUUGUCCUGUUGCAUCAGGAACACCGUUCUCAAUCAAGAAAAGGAAUCAGCAGUUUAUAUAGCAGAUCCAUUUUUCCCGAGGGGAAAUCCCUGGAUGGUGGCUCUGAGUGUGAUCCUGGUGGUUUUGUUUGGUUUCACUGCCCUCACUGUUUAUCUCUUUAAAAUGAAAGGGAAACUUACUGAAGAAGUUGGCAAACAAGAUAUAGAAGUUGAAAUUGGUAAGUCCACUGCCAUACUUGGGUGGAGAAGAUCCGUGGCACCUAUAGAAGAAGUGAAUGUGACUCUGGAUCCAGACACGGCUCAUCCCCGACUCGUCCUGUCUGAUGAUCGGAAAAGUGUGAGAUGGGGAGACACACGACAGCAACUGCCCGACAACCCUGAGAGAUUUGAUAAUGAGCCCUGUGUGCUGGGCUGUGAAGGAUUCACCUCAGGGAGACAUUGCUGGGAGGUGGAGGUGGGAGAUGGGGGAUGCUGGGCAGUGGGGGUGGCCAGAGAGACUGUGGAGAGGAAGGGAGGGAUCAGCCUUAACCCUGAGGGGGGGAUCUGGGCUGUGGAGCGGUUCGGGGAUGAGUUCUGGGCUUUCACCUCCCCUGCGACCCCCCUGCCCCUGAGCCGGGCCCCCAGCAGGAUCCGGGUUUGUCUGGACUGUGACCGGGGGCAGGUGACAUUUAUCGAUGCUGGUGACGAGACCCCGAUCUUCACUUUCCCGCCGGGCUCCGUCCCUGGGGAGAGAAUCCGACCCUGGCUCUGGGGGUGGCAGGGAGCCCGGCUCAGACUGUGUCCCUGAGACAUGCAGCAGAGGGGGGAACUGGAAAUCAGCCUCUCUAGCCUCACACACCCCAGUCUCUAUGAUCUUGGAGGACUCCCAUCUACCCAGCCCCUGGCUCCU